AUGUCACGAAAACCGCUCACCCCGUUGGACUUUCUUACUGACACUAUCUCACCUCCAAAAUCCGAAAGCUCCACGAUCAAAAGCCCCAAGAUAGCCUCGGUACAAACGAGUCCUGAAUCAAUCAAAAAAGAGCAACACAGUACCUAUCGAAAAGGAGCCUCCCCGACGACGUACGGCCCUAGUCCAACAGAACUACCUCCAUUCGAACGAUCCGCUUCUGGUGCGAUUUUGCUGGACAGAUGGGGCAACGAUUCACCACUAAUUUCACCUCGCCAAUCCCAUCAGCAGAACCGACACUAUCAGCAGAACGUUCCACCAAAUCAUUUUCAACAAACCGCUCAGCCGCGAAUAAAGCCAAAGCAAGAAACAAUCGAAGAUGUCCAGACCCGAAUCAAAGCAGAAGUCGACGCUGCUCGCUACAAAAUUGCCGCUGCCGAGGCUCAUAACGAAGUCGAGCGAUUCAAGAAACUACUAUCAGAGGAAGUAUCAUGCAAAGAAAAGCUGCAGAUGAAGCUCCGAAGCGAGAUUUCCAGCCACGCUCAAACAGUUGAUCAAUCCCGCGCCAUAUCAACCCUCGCUCAGCAGCAACGAGCGAAAAACGACGAAUAUCAGCUCAAAAUCGAGCAUCUGACAGUCGCGCUGGGCGAGAUGCAAAAGCAGAAUAAGGAAAUCAACGAGAAAUUAAACAUGCAAAACGCUCGGGUAGACGCAUUAGCGCGGAUAUGCAAAGGCCUAGAGACUCAGUUACGCGAAGUGACAGUUAGACACGAAGGAAACCUGCCACAAUUGGACAUUGCGGCUCAAUGGCGAAAUCAUGCAUACAAGGCGAUGGUCCAAGCAAAUCACACAGAAGCCCGUCUCAACGCAAAAAUAAACAACCUUCAGUCAGAAAGCGUCAACCCGCGACCGUACCCUCCAAUUCAGGGACCGAUCAAGCAGCGACAGCUCAUGCCUCCUUUCGACAACUAA